AAAAGACGAAUCGCCGUUUUAAGCUCGACUUACAAAUGGAAAACAUAUGCAUAAAUAAUACACAUACAUGUGCAGCUUGCCGGGCAGUGUUGGUGUGUUUGUGUGCAUAGUAAAAUGCCACGCGAUUUAAAUUUCGUUAUCUAAAGCUACACACGUAAAUGCAAGUGCAAAAAGUAUCCGCGAAAAAGUGUAAACUUUAAGAAAAAAAAUUACACUCACAUACAUGACGAUCAUUCAUUCUUGCGAGACGUGUUGCGCCUAAGCUUACCUGGCUGUGUCUCUGUGUGUGUCAGGGAGAGCGCCUCUUCCUAUCUGUGUGAGUGUGAAUUCGUGUGUGUGUGUGUGUGUGUUAGCGAGAAGAGCGGAGCCGAGCUUUCAAGUUAAGGUUCUGUGGCUUGCGUCGGCGUAAGCGUUGGCAGCAGCAGCACCAGCAGCAGCAGCAACAGCAGUUGGUCACACAAUCGGAUACCCUGGAUCUCAGUCUUUAGCGGGUAUAAACACGCAAUUCAUCGUCAUCGUUAUGCUGUACAGUAAAACAUGGCAACGUCGACACUUUAUGUUGCUGGGGUGACCUGUCUGGGGUUUGUCUGCUUCGCUUUGGCAUCUGUCGCCAUUGGCAUACCCAUUUGGGGUUACUACGAUAGUCCAUCGGGUGGUUAUGACUACGAUCGCGGCUAUUUUGGACCCUUCAAAGUGUGCAAGCAAUUGACUUACAAUCGCGAGAAAUGCGGCAACGAUGUCUCCAAAUUCCGGCUGAGCAAUGCCGUCUUUGUCAGCGGACUCUUGGCCAUUGGCAGCUCAGCGGUGCUGGGCAUCUUUUGCAUAUUGUCCGUCAUUCAGCACGCGAUGAUCUCGUCGCGUGAGAAGGUCGUCAUGUCCUACACAUGGCUGGUCAUUGUCAAACUGAUACUCGCCCUGCUGGCUGGUUUGCUGGCAAUAAUUGCCACAGUGCUGUUUGCACUGCAGAUCGAUGAACAGGAGCGCUUUGGUUUCAAGAUAACGCGGGGCAUUUCCUUCUAUAUACAGAUAGUUGUGAUUGUCUUAUCGCUAGCGUUAUUUGUUGCCGCCCUUUAUGACGUGAUCUAUUCGCGCAGCUCGGGCGGCGAUCCAACAAUGGCGCUGGACGCUUCGUCGCCAGCUAGUGCGACCACCUUCAACAAUCCCGGCUUCAAGGAGCCGCGCAGCCGCAACGGCAACAUCUCGGUGACGGAUGCCUCCGGGAAGCCGUAUAGCGGCAUACGAAAUGGAGCUGGAACCGCAGGCAGUGUGGCGUCGAUGAGCACCACGGUGACGAGCGUGUCGAAUGGCUCCACACUGGACUCGGUGACCCGCUCCCCGCUCCGCUCCAGCCUCAAGAAGCCGCGUCCCCGACCCGAUCCAACGCUGGGCAUUCAAAAUCCCGGCUAUUCUGGAUCGGGCAGUUCGCCUCCGAUGCGCCGCAAUGGAAGUGUGAAAAAGGUGCGCAUUCAAACGCACAGUACGGAGGUUUAAGGGCCGGUUGGAGGGGGAUGGGCUCCAAUUUGAUCCGAUAAACCUCGAAAUAUGAACGACAACAACACAAACAACAACAACAACUACAAAGACUGUGUACAGUAGCAAC